CGAACGUCCCCGGGAGCCCAGCCAGAGCGAGCGCUGGGGCCAGGCGCGCAGGAGUGAAAAGGAGGCGGCGGCCGCGGCUGCGAGCAACAGAUCCCGGCGCCGAGAGCAGACCCUUUCUGCUGCUGGGCCAUUUCUUUUCUUAAUUUCAGAAAACAGUUAAAUUAAAUUUGAAAAUCUUGCAUUUUUAAAUGGCGCUGACCACGGGUCAGCAGGAGGUUUUCUCUGCAUCAAGAUGGGCUUUGCCGUUUCCGUCGUGGGCACUUAUGAUGGCCUGAUUGUCAGUCUUCUCUGGGCAUUUUUGAGACCAGGAGCCGAGCACUGCUUGUAGGCGAAUCCCCCUACAGAACGGUUUGGCUUUUUAAAAUACUGUUAUUAUUUUGGGCAGAGAACAGUCGAUCUAGUGCAUUCCGUCCGCUCUGCAGAAGAGGCGGCGAGUCGUUGGUGGGUCGCUUAGAGGGUGAAAUUCCUCCCGGGGUGAGCGAGCUCCGGCCCCGCGCGCAGUCCAGCGGCCACGCGAGUGUGUCCUCUCCCUGCCGGCGCCGGGAAAAUGGAGGCUGUGAUUGAGAAGGAAUGCAGCGCGCUCGGAGGCCUCUUCCAGACCAUCAUCAGCGACAUGAAGGGGAGCUAUCCAGUUUGGGAAGACUUCAUAAACAAGGCGGGAAAGCUGCAGUCCCAGCUUCGGACAACUGUAGUAGCAGCAGCUGCCUUCUUGGACGCCUUUCAGAAAGUGGCUGACAUGGCCACCAGCACACGAGGUGGUACCAGGGAGAUCGGCUCAGCUCUCACCAGGAUGUGCAUGAGGCACAGAAGCAUAGAAGCCAAGCUGAGGCAAUUUUCCAGUGCUUUAAUUGAUUGUCUGAUAAAUCCACUGCAAGAACAGAUGGAAGAAUGGAAGAAAGUGGCCAAUCAGCUGGAUAAAGACCAUGCAAAAGAAUAUAAAAAGGCUCGCCAAGAGAUAAAAAAGAAGUCCUCAGAUACGCUGAAACUGCAGAAGAAAGCAAAAAAAGGGAGAGGUGACAUCCAGCCUCAGUUGGACAGUGCCCUCCAAGAUGUCAACGAUAAAUAUCUCUUGUUGGAGGAAACAGAAAAGCAGGCAGUUCGCAAGGCUUUGAUUGAAGAACGCGGUCGAUUCUGCACUUUCAUCUCUAUGCUGCGGCCAGUAAUCGAGGAAGAGAUCUCCAUGCUGGGGGAAAUCACCCACCUUCAGACCAUCUCGGAAGAUCUAAAGAGCCUGACCAUGGACCCUCACAAACUGCCCUCCUCAAGUGAACAGGUGAUUUUGGACUUGAAAGGUUCUGACUACAGCUGGUCCUAUCAGACGCCCCCCUCUUCGCCCAGCACCACCAUGUCCAGGAAGUCAAGUGUCUGCAGCAGCCUGAACAGUGUCAACAGCAGCGACUCGCGGUCCAGCGGCUCCCACUCCCACUCUCCCAGCUCGCACUACCGCUACCGCGGCUCCAGCCUGGCCCAGCAGGCGCCCGUGCGGCUGUCGAGCGUGUCCUCCCACGACUCGGGAUUCGUCUCCCAGGACGCCUUCCAGUCCAAGUCGCCCUCCCCCAUGCCGCCAGAGACCACCAACCAGAACUCGUCCAGCUCGGCCUCUUCUGAAGCCUCCGAAACCUGCCAGUCAGUGAGCGAGUGCAGCUCCCCCACCUCAGUCAGCUCAGGCUCCACCAUGGGCGCCUGGGCGUCCACAGAGAAGUUGUCUAACGGGUUUUCUCACUAUAGUUUGUCAAGUGAGUCCCAUGGGGGGCCCAUGGGUACAGGCCCUUUCCCUCACUGCCUGCCUGCCUCCCGCCUGCUCCCUCGGGUCACCUCUGUCCACCUUCCAGACUACGCUCAUUAUUACACCAUCGGGCCCGGCAUGUUCCCGUCAUCUCAGAUCCCUAGCUGGAAGGACUGGGCUAAGCCAGGGCCCUACGACCAGCCUCUGGUGAACACCUUACAGCGCCGCAGAGAGAAGCGUGAGCCAGACCCCAGCGGGGGUGGACCCCCUCCCUCGGGAGGCCCUCCAGCGGCUGCAGAGGAGGCGCAGAGACCGAGGAGCAUGACUGUGUCCGCUGCCACCAGGCCUGGCGAGGAGAUGGAGGCUUGCGAGGAGCUGGCCCUAGCCUUGUCGCGGGGCCUGCAGCUGGACACGCAGAGAAGCAGUCGGGAUUCACUGCAGUGCUCCAGUGGCUACAGUACCCAGACGACCACCCCGUGCUGCUCUGAGGACACCAUCCCCUCCCAAGUUUCAGAUUAUGAUUAUUUCUCCGUAAGCGGUGACCAGGAGGCAGAUCAGCAGGAGUUUGACAAAUCCUCCACCAUCCCUAGGAACAGUGACAUCAGCCAGUCCUACCGGCGGAUGUUCCAAGCCAAGCGCCCAGCCUCGACUGCCGGCCUCCCUACCACCCUUGGACCUGCUAUGGUCACUCCAGGGGUUGCAACCAUCCGACGGACCCCUUCCACCAAGCCUUCUGUCCGUCGAGGGACCAUUGGAGCUGGUCCCAUCCCCAUCAAGACACCAGUGAUCCCCGUCAAGACCCCGACUGUCCCAGACCCCCCUGGGGUGUUGCCAGCCCCUCCAGAUGGUCCAGAGGAGCGGGGUGAGCACAGCCCCGAGUCGCCAUCUGCGGGUGAGGGCCCCCAGGGAGCCCCCAGCAUGCCCUCUUCCAUGUGGAGCGGCCAAGCCUCCGUCAACCCUCCACUUCCAGGCCCAAAGCCCAGUAUCCCUGAGGAGCACCGACAGGCGAUUCCAGAAAGUGAGGCUGAAGAUCAGGAAAGGGAUCCCCCAAGUGCCACUGUCUCCCCAAGCCAGAUUCCAGAGAGUGACCCUGCAGACCUGAGCCCAGGAGAUACUCCACAAGGAGAAGACAUGCUGAAUGCCAUCCGCAGGGGCGUGAAACUGAAGAAGACCACGACCAAUGACCGCUCGGCCCCCCGCUUCUCGUAGGCCCAGGCUCCCAGGAAAUGCUGCCAGUGGGGAAUGACUCUUUAAUUAAGAAAACCUAAUUUGUCUUGAUCCAUUCCAAUCUAUAAUCAAACAAAAAAUUUUGUAGGCAACUCAAAAUUCAGCUCUUUUGAAAGUACUCGACAUCUUUAGAUAAGAUUAAAAGCAACAUGUAACUGACAUGAUCUUUUAAUUUGUAAAUAUUGACGAUUUUCUUUCUGCACAUUUUAAUCUUA